AUGGAAGAAGACGUGGAAGACAUGGAAGCCAGGACGAGUAGGAUUAAAUACAAUUCAAAUCACAGCCCAGAACACUCCCAAGUACCCUUCACUAUGCUCUCAUGGCGCGCAUAUACGCCGUUUCUAGGCAUGUACCGCGAUGUGCGCAAUCGCCUGCCGUACUAUAUCUCGGACUGGACAGACGCGCUCAACUACAGAGUAAUUCCAUCUACGCUGCUCACUUUUUUCGCCAACAUACUCCCAGCGCUCGCCUUCGCGUAUGAGCUUGAGCAGAAGACGGGCAAGUAUGGGGUAAACGAGAUAUUAAUAUCGACAUUCAUGGCUGCAGCAGCUUUUUCCAUAAUUGGCGCGCAGCCACUGACCAUAGUAGGCGUUACGGGACCCAUCACAGUGCUCAACACUUCCAUGUACACCAUCAUCCAAGAAGCAGACGGGCCGUACCCAAAGCCCGACUACCUAGAGUUUGUAGGCUGGGUGUAUGUAAUCAGCGCCAUCAUGCACUUGCUCAUCGCCGUGUUCAACCUGAGCAACUGUCUGAGGGGAGUGACCAAGUUCACCUGCCAGACGUUCGGGUUCUACGUCGGAUGGAUCUAUCUUUUACUGGGAGUGCAGGUCAUAGCGCGCGAGUCAGAGUCGAAUGCUCCUAUAGCCAGUCUUACAUUCAGCUGUUUCCUUGCGGCAACGUUCUUCACUCUGCACCAUAUAUUCAUGUUCGCGAGUAUAUCACCUUUCUGGACACACCUCGUACGCCGCUUCCUCGCUGACUACGGCCUGCCUAUCAGCGUCGUGGCGGUGAGUGGGUUAUGUUAUUGGGGGCGAUUCGUCGAAAUCGAUGCGCAGAAACUACCAACUGUAGGAGGAUUCGCUUAUACUGCUACAGAUAGACAGACGUGGGUGGUGCAUUUUUGGAACACUCCCGCGCGUUGGGUAGGCAUCGCAGUCGCAUUCGCUGCUCUCCUCACCCUCCUCUUCCUAUUUGAUCACCAGGUCAGCGCUAUUAUCGGUCAGGGGAGCGAAUUUAAGCUGAAGAAACCACCUGGGUUUCAUUGGGACUUCGCUCUUCUCGGUGUCACGACUUUGCUGGCAGGCGUAUUUGGACUGAUCGCCCCGAAUGGUCUCAUUCCACAGACUCCUAUACAUACACAGUCGCUCGUGUAUACUGAGACGAGGGUGGUAGAAGAGCCGGAUGAAGUUGAUGGAGAAACCGGCGACGGAAAUGCACUAGGAUCAUCAGAGGCGCGCACAGAAGCAGACGCAGCACACGAAAAAGUCUCUCAGCCUACUCACCGCCGCAAGAUAGAAGAGCCUGCCGGAGUAGUAGAGCAGCGCGUGACGAAUCUCGCACAGGGUGGGCUAGCAUUAGCCUUUGCGACGGGUCCGUUCCUACAAGCUGUGAACAAGAUACCUACGGGUGUGCUAGCCGGGCUUUUCUGGUCACUAGGUCUGCAGGCACUCUACGGGAACAUGAUCACGGAGCACAUCAGCUACCUCCUUAAAGACCGUCACAAGACGGCGCGCGAUGAUAAGUAUCACCGCGUGCGCAAGAGCAGGAUAUGGCUGUUUGUACUGUUCGAGCUGGUUGGAUUCGGUGCUACUUAUGCUGUCAGUGUCAUUCAGCGAUCGGCGAUUGGCUUCCCCGUUAUCAUCAUACUCCUCAUACCUUUCAGGACUUAUAUCGUGCCCAAAUGCGGAUUCACGCAGACGGAGCUCGAUAUACUCGAUGGGAUGGCUGCCAGUGAUUUCACAAUGCGGGGUUUGACGCUGUGA